CCCGUCCCCCCUCAGCACACACACUUAGGGCCAGCCAUUCCACUGCCCUUCCUUUCCUCACAGCCACUAUAGCCCGCCACGCGCCAAGCUUGGCGAAGGCUGGCAAGUCUUCCACUGGGUCUGAGCUUUCCUCACUCGGGGGUCUGCCCCAUCCUCACUCCUUUUUCCCCACAGUGACAUCAAGGCGUGAGUCCCGAGUACCUGGGAGCCGGGCCGGACAUCGCUGCGGCUGCGGCCGCCGGCACCACCACGGCAGCCGCCUUCACCUUCGUCCUUACUGCUGUGGCUUCGGCCCAAGAUCAGCCACUGCGUGGAGACUUUGGGUCCCAACUCCACGAUGGCAUCCCUCUAUGUGGGAGACCUUCAUCAUGAGGUGACGGAGGCUAUGUUGUACGAGAAGUUCAGCCCGGCAGGUCCUAUCUUGUCUAUCCGUGUGUGCCGAGAUGCGGUCACCCACCGCUCCCUGGGAUAUGCUUACGUGAACUUCCAGCACUUGGCUGACGCAGAACGGGUGAUGACUGACAUGAAUCUCUAUAUCAUCAAAGGUAAACCUGUCCGUCUCAUGUGGUCCCAACGAGAUCCAUCUCUCCGGAAAAGUGGCAUAGGCAACGUUUUUGUUAAAAACCUGGAAAAAUCCAUCAACAACAAAUCUCUAUAUGACGCAUUCUCCAGCUUUGGCAACAUCCUCUCCUGCAAGGUGAUUACUGAUGACAACGGUUCCAAGGGUUACGGUUUUGUGCAUUUUGAACAUCGAGAAUCUGCCGAGAGAGCAAUUCAGAAAAUGAAUGGGAUACUUCUGAAUGAUCUCAAAAUAUUCGUUGGUCACUUCAAAUCCCGUAAAGAUCGAGAAUCUGAAUUAGGAGCACAAACCAGAGAAUUCACCAAUGUAUACAUCAAGAACUUUGGAGAGGAUAUGGACGAGGACAGGCUGAGUAAGAUCUUUGAAAAAUUUGGACCUACACUUAGUGUAAAAGUGAUGAGGGAUGACUGUGGAAGAUCAAAAGGUUUCGGAUUUGUCAACUUCCAGAAACAUGAAGAUGCACAAAAUGCCAUCGAUAACAUGAAUGGCAAGGAGCUCAACGGAAGACAAAUCUAUGCUGGGCGGGCUCAGAAAAAACUAGAGCGACAAACACAACUUCAACGCCACUUUGAACAACUAAAACAAAAUAGAAUUGUCAGAUACCAAGGUGUUAAUCUUUACAUAAAAAACCUAGAUGAUGAUAUUGAUGAUGAAAAUUUGAGAAAAGAAUUUUCAUCAUUUGGAACGAUCACCAGUGCCAAAGUUAUGAUGAAUAAUGGUAGGUCCAAAGGUUUUGGUUUUGUAUGUUUCUCUGCUCCAGAAGAAGCCACCACAGCAGUAACGGAAAUGAAUGGUAGACUUGUAGCAAUGGGCCUUUGGGUCGCUUUAGCCCAGCAAAAGAAGGGAACAAAGCCCAUUCCCAACCAAAUGCCCUUCGAGGAUGGCCGCGUCCAAGCCAUCCACCUAGGUCCACCCGGCAGGAGCUUCCUCGAUUUUUAACCUCUAACACAAAGCCAGAGCCGGGGAGCAUACUAUUCUCCCAACCACUUUGCUCAGCUAAGAUCAAGCCCGCACUGGUCUGCCCAACGUGUGAGAUCCCACUCUUUCCAGACCAUUACAGGACCUAUCCACCCAAAAUUCUUAGAACCUUUGGGUCCCCACGUCAACUUCAAAUGCCCUGCUCACAGCCCCAACUCUAUUACACCCCCUGCUCACAUGUCCCAUGACACAGCCUGUUAUUACACCCCUGCUGACACAGGCCCUGCUCACACAGUCCUGCUCACACAGGCCCUGCUGACACAGCCCAAGUUAUUACACCCCUGCUCACACAGCCCCUACUAA